AUGUUGUUAGGUAUUGCUUUUUGCGAAAGUGAUGUUAAAUUAUACAGCAAAUAUGACUCUUUGUUGUAAGAUAAGUUGUUAGUAUUAAAAAUAUAAUACAUUAGAUUGUUACUAAAAAUGGGCUGAUUUACAAGUAUGACCUAAAGUAUCAACAAAUUAGAUGGAGAUCAGAACUUGGUAUAUCACUCUAAUCAGAUGGUAUAUAAAAUGGAACUUACUUUAUGAAACCUUAUAAAGAUGGUUCAUUUCUAUUUUAUGAUGAUGGAUUCUAUGUAAUAAGAUUAUUUAAGUUAGGAAAUACCUUCAGAAGAUUUAGAUAUACUUUUUAAGACUUGCAGUAUGUUUUAAAACUCAUUAUCUUAUAAUAAUGAGUUAAUGUAUUUCUUAGAUAUAGCUACAGGAAACAUAAAAGAGCUGACAUAAUAUGACAUUUAAUAGCUAUUAGGUUAACCUAAAAUGUACGAAAAGGGAGUGCUAAUUCAUGUUAAAUAGAAGUUUAUUUCAGACUUAGAAUAUGAAGACUCUUAACAACAUAAUUCUAGAAUAUAAAUUAAUUUUUUACUUAAAUACUUACGUGGCGAUUUAACUUAAGCAAAAUAUUCUAAUACUACUUUAAUCUACAAAACUAACACAGGAAUAUAAAUUUAAUGGGCUAAUAAAACACUUGAUCUACAUUUAGAUGAUGAUGUAUUUGAAGUAUUUGAGUAUACACCUGAUUUAGGAUUGUAUUCCAUUAUUUUUACUAAAGAUAACACAAAGAGUACUGGUUUAACUGUGAUGUCUAUAAUUAACAAUCAAUAUUAAUGUGAAAUUGAGGGAUAAUGUUAAUUAAAUUCACAUAUUAAUCCUAAUCCAAACGCUAUUGGUGUUUUUAAAAAUACUCAAUUUAAGCAAUGCUUAAAUGAAUUCUAUAAAAUUAAAUUUUAAACAUAGUUAGUAUUAUAUAAAGAUGAAAAAUCUUAAGAAAAGAUUGAAUAAUGUUAGGUUGUUGAAAAUUACACAAAUCAAUUUUUAACUAUUUUACUAUUAUCAAUGGUGUUUGCAUAUAUUCCUAUACUUUCCUCUAAAAAAAAAAAACCAAAAGAAGUUGUUAUAGUCAAAGAACCUUAAGUGCAAUAUAUAUAUAUAAAGUCUAAAGAAAUACAAAUUAACAAAGAACGUAUUAUAGGAAUUGGAAUGAAUGGAACUAUUGUUUAUGAAGGCAUUUUUCAAGGUAAAAAUGUAGCUGUGAAAGAAAUUAAUCUUAAAAAACUAUAAACCAAAUCUAUUGAAAAAUAACUUGAAGAAUAAAUAUCUAAAUAAAUGCUUUUAAAUUCUCCUUAAAUUCUUAAACUAUUUUUUUUUGAGAAAAGAAAAGAUUUUCUAUAUUUAGCUAUGGAAAAAUGUAUGCUUAAUCUGAGAGAAUUUGUUAAAUAUGAGUCAAGUUAUAAAUUAAACGAUGCUUAAAAAUUAAGCAUUAAAUAAAAUUUAUAAGAUCCAGAGUUUUAUAAGGAUCUCUUCUUUGAUCUAUUGUGUGCUUUACAGACUUUAAUUGAAAAUAAUACAUAACAUCACGGUAUUACACCUGAUAAUUUAUUAUUCAGUUAUGAUCUAAAAAUAAAAUUAGCUGAUUUUGGGCUUUCAUCUCUGUCAGAAUACUAUUAAGAAAAUUAAAAUGAUAAAAAAACAUACAAAAAAAUGAAUUAUUCACUUUUAUAAUAAUUGGGUAUGAUUUGCUAUUUCUUACUAUCCAGAGGUGAUGAUUGUUCAUAGAAGUAAUUAAUUUUCUUGUAAUAUUUAGAUAACUUAUUGAUUUGAAAUUUUUGGUGGAAAGAUUUAAAAAAUUCAAUAUCAAGGAAUUGGAAAUUAAAGAUUUAUUAUUGAAACUUAUUUUAGAUUAAUCAAUAACAGAUCCCUAAGCUGUUUUAUAACACCCUUAUUUUUGGACUAAAUAAAAAAAACUAUCAUUUAUUUGUGAAUUUAGUGAUUACGUCGAAACGUAUCCUUUACCUUUGGAUUAGACUUCAAUUCAUGAUAGAUUUAUAAAUAAUUCAGUUUUUAAAGAUAAUUGGGGAAUAAGAUGUGGAAUGAUACUGAAAUGUUAAAUUAGAGGAUAUGAUCAGACAUAAGCUUAAUAACUUAUUAGAGUAAGUUAAAUAUAUAUGUUAGCUCAUUAGAAAUACAAAGAAUCAUUAUCACUAACUUACUGAAGAUUGUAAACUACUUUUAGGACCUUCUGAUGAAACCUGUUUUGAUUAUUGGAAUUAACAAUUCCCAAAUCUAUUUUUUACGCUCUAUGAACAUGCAAUUGAAAAUAGCCUCAAUCUAUUAAGUUUAAAAUGAAUAUCUACU